AUGGCAGAGAAGGGCGGUCCAGCUCAGACAGAGCAGGCGAAGCUUCUGUAUGAUCGAUGGCUGCUGGAUGUCCCCAAGCUGCUGGACAUAGCUGCGCUGUACGGCCCAGACAAUCCAGACCUCACGCGCCAGCUACUGAGCAAGGCAUUCACGCUCCAGCCGCGAUAUGGCAACGAUGUGGCCGACCUGGUGCCCACGCUGGUGUCAAACUUCAUGGACGUGUGCAGCGCCCUGCAGGACGCAGCACAGAGGCUGCGCAGCAGCCCAGACGCCGCCUCGCUGCAGAGCUUGCUUGAUGGGCUGUCCUACUGGGAGGAUGUGUCACACACCCUGACGGCGUUUGUGGAGGCGUUCCCUCCUGCUGCUGGGCUGCUGGUGCAGACAGAUGGAGCGCUUCUGGUGCAGCUGACGCCCCUGUACAGCAGUCUCAUCCCCCAGCUGCAGCGCAGCCUGGCAGCCGCCUCGGAGCAGACACCAGCCGUUGCCAAGAUGUGGCGGCAGCUUGGGCGGCUGAAGGAGAGCAUCGAGAAGCUGGCCUACAGCCUGCUGCACAAGGCAUACCUGGACAGGGGGGCCCAGGCGCUCGUGCCAGCACAAAAGAGCUGGGCCAGCAUUGUGCCACAGACUGCUGCAGCCCGGGGGGCCGCCCUCAUGACAGCGCUGACAGAGGCUGACGAGCUUGAAGGCGAUGCAGAAGCGAGCCUGCUCAAAGGGAUGAACGCCCGGCACGGCUCGGACCGGGCUGUGAUGAAGGCUCUGGAUCAGGGGCACAUCACACUGGACAAGGUUCAGCAGGACUAUCUCAUGGUGCUACUGGGGAGCAAAUUGCUGUCUGCUGGCACCUCGAGGGUGACUUCAAAUGGCCAUGCGGGUUCUUCCGGCGCGCAGCAUGCAGAGCAGCUGAACAGGAAGGUGCAGAAAAUCCAGGAGGUCUUCCCAGACUAUGGCGCCGGCUUCUUGGCGGCAUGCCUGUCUGCCUGCGGCCAGGAUGAGGAGCGUGUGAUCCAUCAGCUGCUGGAGGGGUCACUGCCGCCUGAACUCAGCAGACUGGACCCCAAAAUGCCCCUGCAGCCCCCAGUCGCACAGGGCAAAGGAAAAGGAAAGGCCGAUGCUGACCUUGGUGACGGUGCGGCAAGCUCUGUGCCUGAGCUGUCAUGGCGCAGCCUUGCCAUCACAGAUGACAGCGCACAGCCCAGUGGGUCUUCAGCCCCACAGCGCCCUCCAUUAGGCCCUUCAGCUGCCAGUAGACCAGUACACAGGGGCGUGUCGAGGUUUCUGGACAGGACUGGUAAUGAGGAUCGUGCUGCCAUCAAGCUGCAUGCAAAGGCUGCAGAGUUUGAGUACGAUGAUGAGUACGAUGACAGCUAUGAUGACCUGGGCGGAGGCGGCGCGGAUGGCAUUGCAGACGUUGAAGGGGAUGACGAGGAAGCUGCGCUGGCAGCGAGGGGCAUGGCGCCAGCCAGGCAGGGACCCCCCUCUCGUGGCCCCUCUCCCGGUCGUGCAGGCGCCGCUCCUUCCUCCUCGAGCGGCCCCGCACCGCCAGGUCAGGCAAUGCAGCAGCAGCAGCAGCAGAGGCCACAGAAGUCGACCAGGACAUGGAUGCUGGACGGGCGGCUGUACAACUACCCCAAGCCUGGAGCCGUCGAGUUCAGGGGCAAGGACAGCGCGACGCAAGCGCAGGACGCGGCCAGGGCAGCUGCAGAUGCUAUCCAUGGGCUCGGCAGGGUGUGUGCUGUCCUGGACACUAUAUGCUGA